CUCAUAAAGGCCGCAAACAGCGCCGAAUCACGUGCUUCGCUCCGACAAAGCCAAUUUCGUCUGCAUUUCAUUUUCACCCCGUUUUGAAAUAAAUCUAGUCGGUCGUUUGACUUGCGCGCGGCACUGUCGAAACAUUUGAAUAUCGCGAUACCUGUCAAUUUCGCUUUCUUCUCGCUUUUUUGUCAGCGUUCGCGUUGUCAUUUGUUGUUUGUAAUUGGGCAAGAUUUGGGCAAAAUGUGGGCAAUUUUCGCGAUUUGUUUCGUGUUUUUUGUCGAUGGGGUUCGGUGCGGUAGCUGCAGGGAAGCGAAACUUUGUUGUACCGGUCGAGACUCUUCCUGUGUCGUUCAAAAAGCGCCGAUGAAUGCAAUAAUCGAAGAUUUGAGCGAUAAACCGUGUUACUGCGACCAUGCUUGCUUGAAACUGGGAGAUUGCUGUGGAGAUUUCAAGGAAGCUUGUGGAGUUUUGGACUGUCAAGUGAGCCCUUGGGGCCCCUGGACAUCCUGCGAUGCCGAUUGCGGUCCUGGCACGAUGUCUCGCACCAGGUCUGUGCAGCUGCAGCCACAAAACGGUGGCCGACAUUGUCCCAGCUUGGAGCAGCGCAGAGGCUGUCAAAUGUCAAACUGUCACCACCAUCCCGAUCCGGCUAUCAAAGAAAUUGCCAUGUUGCUACCAGCAUCCUUGUCGCACAGCAGAACUGCUAACAACACUAGUGACAUAAGGAAGAAUCUACGUGUGAGAGACCCAUCUGAACAUCCCCAAUAUGAUCCUGAAAAGACAUACUGUGUGGAAUUUGAAGUCUUGAAAGCAUCGAAAGCAUGUAGGAAAGAAGAAAACUACAAAUCUUUGAAAGAAGGUGAACGGGUGUGCGUACGAUGCGAAUCGGAGGCCUUACACGAGGACUUGGGUUGGCGGUGUCAGGGACACGGCGUCGAAGCUCGCGUCACCAGGUGGUCGGCGCUGUCGGCGCCCCAUUGCCACGGCAAAUGGCUGAGGGCGCAUGCCGGCCCCGAUAAGGGUUGCACGUCGACGAAGGGAUGUCGCGAAGGGCCGGCCUUCAUUUUUGUUUGAGGGGGGGAAGGAGAAAAAAAAGUUGACGAAUUUUCGAACGAACCCGCGUUUAUUUUUCUCUUUGUCUGGCGGUAACUUGUCUGUUCGUUUGUCUCGUUCGACUCUAUUAGUGAUUGGGCACACUAAAGUGGCACUUUUGAUUGCCUAGGCGAUAAAACAGCACCUGCAUUUUACUGCCUAGGCAAUAAAGUGUAUUUUCACUGCCUAGACAAUUGAUGCAUUUUCCCUGCCUAGACAAUUUGAGUGUAUUUUCACUGUCUUGACAAUUUAGGGUAUUUUACUGCCUAAAUGAUAUUUUUUCUGUGACGGGAAAUAAGUUUUGACAUUUCAUCUCUGUUGAGAAGUUGUAAAAUGUCACUUUUCAUGAUUUUUUUUCCGACGUUGAAAAGACUCUACUUUUACUGCUUAGGCAGUGAAAAAUAUGUUGAGUGCUGGGAAAAAAUUACAAUUAUUUCUGGAGGGAGUUCAAUUUCAGCCAAGUUACAGAUAAGUGGAGAGAAAAAACGAUAAAGAUAGGUAGUUUAACUUCCAAUUUGACGUCACAACCCCUAGUCCAUGUUCGACACAAUUUUAUCUUCAUGGAAUAUGAUCCAACAAAGUGGGUAGGUACAGGGUGAUUCACCAUAAAUGUCUCCCCUCCUCUAGCUCAGUUAUUUUUGAACCGAUUGCAAAAUUUUAAAUAUCAUCUAAAAUGAUUUUCGAUAGAGUUUUUUUCCGCUACAUCAGAAUAUACAAGGUGCUCGGAACAAACGAUCUACAGGGUACUAUUUGAUUUUUUUAAAUGGAACACCCUAUUUUUCAUUGUAUUUUCAGAUUCUCCCUGAAGAGCUGAU